UGCGGGCAAUGAUCGCAUACCGGCUCCGCUUGCAGCUUCAGAUAUAAAAAGCCCUUCACGUCGAAUGCAAUCGCCCAACAAUACUCUACACAUUCUUUCGAUCAAAGCAAGCACACCCAUAACACCGCAAACAUGACUGUUAUCGGAUCCUUCCACGAACUGCAAGUCAACGACAAGCGCGGCAAGCCUUUCGAUCUGUCCCAACUCAAGGGGAAGGUUGUCAUUGUUGUAAACGUUGCCUCCAAGUGUGGUUUCACGCCCCAGUACAAGGGUCUUGAAGAGUUGUACCAACAAUACAAGGACCAGGGUCUUGUCAUCCUCGGCUUCCCAUGCAACCAGUUUGGUAGCCAGGCUCCAGGCUCCGCUGAAGAGGAAGGCGCCGUCUGCCAACUCAACUAUGGUGUGACUUUCCCCAUUAUGGAGAAGGUGGAAGUGAACGGAGACAACGUUCACCCAGUUUACGAAUGGCUCAAGGAACAAAAGGCUGGAUUGUUGGGGCUAAGGAGGAUCAAGUGGAACUUUGAGAAAUUCUUGAUUGACAAGGACGGAAAGGUUGUUGCUCGUUAUGCCAGUACAACUGAACCUGCCUCAGUCGGCAAGGACGCUGUCAAGCUUUUGUAGUGUAGUGUGUAGUGUGUAUAGGACAGAUUUAUAGAGGAGGGUUUGGGAGUACAUUUGGGAGGAACCAGCUUAUUGUUUAUAUCAUUGGAUUAUUUUGCAUUUGAAUAUUAUACCGUGCACACUUGGGCACAUAAUCGUA